AUUACUUGGGAUACGUCAUGUAGAUCAUAAUUUAUAACAAUCUAAUCAAAUGGCUGACGAAUUGCUAUCCAUUUGCGGCAUCCAGAAAAUAGUUCUUUAUGAAACGAAAGCGCGUUUCUACCUGGUUGGAUGCAAUGUAUCAGAAAGCAAGUUUAGAGUAUUAAAAAUGGACCGAACUACGCCGUAUGAUUUGCAUGUUAUAGACGACAAGGUUGAAUAUGAUGGUAAUCAGAUCAAGCAAUUACUUGCUAUGAUAAACGGUGGUAAUACCCCUAAGAAUCCAAAAUCAUAUGAUAAAGAUACCCCUGGCUUGCAUCGCAAUAUGUCUGCUUUUGGAGUUGUUGGUUUCAUCAAAUUUAUGGAAGGAUACUACAUUAUUCUCAUUUCUAAAAGAAAAAAAGUUGCUCAAAUUGGUGGACAUACUGUGUAUAAGAUCAUGGAUACAUGUAUGGUUCCAAUUCCUAAUGAAACAGUGAGAUCAAAACAUCGCCAUCCUUCUGAAUCCAAGUACCUAAAAGCAUUUCAAAAUGUUGAUUUGUCAAGUAACUUUUAUUUUAGCUAUACCUACGAUGUGACGCAAACUUUACAAUAUAACAUGCUUCUUCUUAAUUUGGACUGCUCUGGUUGUAGACGCUUUUCCAAUGAUAAAUCCACUGGUUUUAAAGAGGAAAAAGCAUGGGAGAAACGAGCCCAAUACUAUCAUAUGGUGAACAGACGUGGAAUACCUUGCACAAAAUUUAUCUGGAAUAAACACAUGAUCAAAGAUGUGGAAAAUAUAUUGCAUUCCGAUUGGUUGCUCUACGUAUCUCAUGGUUUUGUUGGCCAAUGUAAUAUCAAUGUUUAUGGUCGACCUAUUUAUCUGACAUUAAUUGCACGACGAUCCAACGAGUAUGCUGGAACGAGGUUUCUAAAACGUGGAUCAAACCAGCUGGGUUUUGUGGCAAAUGAUGUUGAAACUGAACAAAUUGUUCACGAUGCUUCCACUUUAUCAUUCAAGAGUGGACGUUAUACAUCCUUUGUGCAGCUUCGUGGCUCCGUACCAUUAUUUUGGUCGCAGGAGCUACAACAUGGCGUAGUCCCUAAACCUCAAAUUCAAGUUGAUAGAUCUGAUCCGUUCGUCUCAGCUGCAGCACAGCAUUUCAACAGCAUUUUGCAAAGAUUUGGAUCACCAGUUAUUGUCUUCAAUCUUGUCAAAAAAAAAGAAAGAAAAAGACACGAACAAAUUUUGGGCGAAGAAUAUACCCAGAUUGUCGAUUAUCUUAAUCAGUUUCUUUCUCCUCGACACAAAAUCAAAUACAUUUGGUUUGAUAUUGCAAGAUAUUCUAAAAACAAGAAUGUGAAUAUUAUAGAAAAAUUGGAGCAAUUUGCAGAACAGUUUGUCCAGUUAGUGGGAUUUUUCCAUAAUGGUCCAAAUCUCUAUGCUAAUGAAAUUCGACCUCACGAAAGAUGGCUUAAAGUUGGUGGUCAUAAAAAUGGACAACAUUUGGUCGAGUACAGUGAUCGAACUGGGAUUGUGAGAGUAAAUUGCGUCGACUGUCUUGAUCGAACGAACAUUGCUCAGUUUGUGGUUGGAAAGCACAUUCUUGGAUUGCAGCUUUACACGUUGGGCGUUAUUGAUAAACCUGUGGUUAACUUUGAAUGUGAUGCUGUGAGGUUGUUGGAAGAUCUUUAUGAUGAUCAUGGUGAUACUUUAGCUGUACAAUAUGGAGGAUCGCAAUUAGUACACAGAAUCAACACAUAUUUAAAAUCUGCGCCGUGGACGUCACAUUCACGCGACAUAUAUCAGACAGUUCGUCGAUAUUACAGUGGUGCAUUCACAGAUUCUGAAAAGCAACAGGCAAUAAAUCUUUUUCUUGGAAAGUUUAUUCCUCAAGAAAAUCAUCUUCCUUUGUGGGAAUAUCCAAACGAUUAUCAUUUCCAUCAUUUAUCAAAUCAAAAUACUGACCAUCAAAACGAAGCUGCUAGAAGUUAUACAAAAUGGUUUGAUGACGAAACUGUGAGUACAUUGCCAUUUCCAUAUCUUCUAGUGAAAAACCGUGCUCCUAAGAAUCUUCCUGAAAAAGAUGAAUUGGAUAAAACAGAUUGUAAUGAUUUGUUUGAUGAUUAUUAUCAACCGAAUGAGUUGUCUUUAUUCAAUUUUCUGUUCUCAUUUAAUCUUCAUACGACAUACAGACCUGCUUUAGAAAUGGAACCCAGUCCUUUUGUAGUGCGCGCAGCUUGGAGUGAAAGUGCUGAAGAACAUCGUGCGAAACGUGCAACUUUACAUCGUUCAUCGAGCCAAGAAGAACUAAGUUCAGAUUCUGAUUCAAGUUCAUCAUCAGACUUUUAUGUCUUUCAAAAUAAGAAGGAUUCAUAUUCUUACAAGCGUGGAAUUCUUUUUGGGGACGUUUUUCCCAGUAUGAAAGAAUACUAUGGUGUUGAAAUUACUGAACCCAAAGAAACAUCAUUAAUGAAAUAUCAAAGUUUUGUCGCAUUGGAACUAAAAGCUAAGAAUUCGGGCGAUAGACACAUUGGUUACUCGUGGAUAGAAAAAGAUGAACAGGAAAUUCGACAAGAAUAUUAUGAUAUUUGGGAUUCAUGUCAGCCAUCUGUUGCAUCUGCGCUCAGCUAUAAAAGUUACGUGGAUAACAGUCGAAGUGGAUUAUACACAAUAUCAUCUAUUAAUAAAUUGAAAUAUCGAUCAUUUUUUGUAUUGUAACUUUGAUCGAUGUGAUAUAAAUAGUAGAUCGUCAUUCAUACGUAUGAAAAUUAGAGAAUUAGAAAUAAAAAAUAAUUUUUAUUAACAUUCUACCAUACAAUCGAUGUACAUGGAAAUAUAUAUAAUUCGUGAAAGCAACAUUGUUGUCGCAUUUUAGGUACAUAAAGGUGUAAAUCAAUUUA